UCAAUUUUCAAUCAUGAUUCACGGUAUAAUUUGGACUGUCGUUUUUGCGCUGUUCUGCCCAAAAUGAAAGCGAUGUGUCUAAGCUCACCAAUCCCGAAUGUUGGUUAUAAAACCCACCAUCCCGCCGGUGUCUCUCGUCCUCCGCAAAAGCUGCAAUUCUUCUGCUUCCUACAACCGCCAUUCGCCACCGUCGCCGGGUUCACGACGAAAGGGAACCCCGUCCGCUCUGCACAUUUAUAAACAAGCCCUAACCAGAGGGAUCCAAGUUCCAAUCUUAAAGGGGGCGAGGGCGAGUGAGAUGACGCUCAUGGAUAACUACAUUGCGGGAACAUUCAUGGUUUCUCUUCUAGGGUUUGUUCUUUUCUACGUUAUGAGCAAAAAAGCCAGUGAAACCCGCCGGAAUGGCGUCGGAACGCCUACUUGUACGGAUAACGGCGAAUGUGGGGCCCGCAAGGAGUCCGAUGCCGAUGUCAUUAUCGUCGGAGCUGGUGUCGCCGGUGCUGCUCUCGCUCACACCCUUGGCAAGGAUGGACGAAGGGUUCGUGUGAUUGAAAGAGAUUUAACAGAACCUGACCGGAUUGUUGGUGAAUUGCUCCAACCUGGUGGUUAUCUUAAAUUAAUUGAGCUUGGCCUUCAAGAUUGUGUUGAUAAAAUUGAUGCUCAGCGUGUUGUUGGCUAUGCACUUUUCAAAGAUGGGAAGAACACUAAAGUGUCUUAUCCUCUAGAAAAUUUCAGUUCUGAUGUGUCUGGCAGAAGCUUUCAUAACGGGCAGUUCAUACAGAGGAUGAGAGAAAAAGCUGCCUCCCUUCCCAAUGUUCAAUUGGAGCAAGGUAGUGUAACGUCGUUGCUUGAAGAAAAUGGAACUGUAAAAGGUGUUCAGUACAAAACUAAAGAUGGUCAAGAACAUAAAGCUUAUGCUCCUCUUACAAUAGUUUGUGAUGGCUGCUUUUCAAACUUACGACGCUCUCUCUGCAACCCCCAGGUUGAAAGUCCAUCUCACUUUGUUGGUUUGGUACUGGAGAAUUGUCAACUUCCAUACGCGAAUCAUGGGCAUGUUAUUUUGGCAGAUCCUUCGCCCAUCUUGUUUUACCCAAUUAGUAGCACAGAAAUUCGUUGCUUAGUUGACAUACCUGGCCAAAAGCUUCCUUCGAUUGCUAAUGGUGAAAUGGCGAAAUAUUUGAAGACUGUGGUGGCUCCUCAGGUUCCACCCGAGCUCCAUGAUUCCUUUACAUCUGCUGUGGAUAAUGGAAAUAUUAGAACAAUGCCGAAUAGAACUAUGCCUGCUGCACCCUAUCCCACUCCUGGAGCCGUUUUACUGGGCGAUGCUUUCAACAUGCGCCAUCCUUUAACCGGUGGAGGAAUGACUGUAGCCCUAUCGGACAUUGUAGUGCUAAGGGACCUUCUUAGGCCGUUGCAGAACCUGAAUGAUGCCGAUGCAUUGUGCAGAUACCUUGAGUCGUUUUAUACUUUGCGUAAGCCAGUGGCAUCUACAAUCAAUACUUUGGCUGGAGCCCUGUACAAAGUGUUCUGUGCUUCUCCUGACCAAGCGAGGAAGGAAAUGCGCCAAGCAUGUUUCGACUAUUUGAGCCUUGGAGGUACUUGCUCAACAGGACCUGUGGCUCUGCUAUCUGGGCUUAACCCGCGCCCAUUGAGCUUAGUCAUGCACUUCUUUGCGGUGGCCAUAUAUGGAGUUGGUCGUCUGCUCGUACCGUUUCCUUCUCCCAAGCGAUUAUGGAUUGGAGCUAGAUUAAUCUCGGCUGCAUCUGGGAUCAUAUUUCCCAUCAUAAAGGCAGAAGGGGUCAGGCAAAUGUUCUUUCCUGCAACGGUACCAGCUUAUUUUAGAGCUCCUCGUGUUAAGUAAAUCAUCUUGAACUGGAAAAACCAUCUGGGAUCAUAAACCAUUCUUUUUGCUCAUCUUCCCUUGCUCAAAACAAGAUAUGUGUACACGUUCAACCUUUUCAGAGGAGUUAACUAGCGAGGUAGAAAUGUAAAACCCAUUGUGCAUGAUUAACAAACUUCAAACUGUAGAAAAGAGACCAUCAAGCUUAACCAUGUUGUAUUACAAUUACAAUGAAGAUGUGCUUUGUUCUUUGGGCUCUCUCCAAUCAA